UUUUUUUCUCUCUCUAAGAGCGUAGAGAGAGAAGCACGCUGCCCAGGAUCUUGCUUGUUAGAAUCAAGAAUUUCAGGCCUUUCAAAUAUAAAUAUGUCGAAGACCAGGCACUCAUCAUGUAAAUUCGAAAAAUAUUUCAAAUGCCGCCAUUUGUUUCCUGGGAAAGUGAGAUCCUCGCCCCCAUUACUUCGAACUCUCUCACCCCCAAAUGGUCGAAAUUCCAAUCCGAUACUCUACCACACUCAAAUGAUCUCAACCGACACUCUGCGGAGAUCACCAUUCAACUUCCCUUCCCAUCUUUUCAAUGUCCAGAACCCUUCUUUCCCUCAUCAAACCUCGCCACAAUCCAAAACCCAUCUCUCCCAUCAAACCCCACCUCAGGCGAUUCAUCAACAAGAUCAUCGAAAUCCUCAGAACCCAAGACACCCAAUGGGAAGAAUCCCUCGAAGCCGGUUUCUCCGAGGCGGAGAUCAUAGCUUCCGACAUUGCCCACCACGUGUUUGAUAGAAUGUCCCACCCGGAGUUGGGCUUGAAAUUCUACCACUGGGUCUCCGAUCACAGGCCUUACCACGGCUCUCUCAACGAGCACGCUUAUUCCUCUCUCCUCAAGCUCCUCGCCAAGUCAAGAGAGUUCCUUGCUAUUGAGUCGGUCUUAGAUACGAUGAGGAAGGAACAGAUUUUGCCCAGCCGCGAUUCCUUGAGCUUUGUGAUUUGCUCGUAUGCAGAUUCGGGAUCAACCAGUGAAGCAGUUGAGUUGUAUUAUUUUGUGCAAAAGGUGCAUUGUUGUCUGCCGGAUGUGCGGGCAUGCAAUUCUCUGCUCAAUGCGCUGGUUAACAAUGGGAAACUCGACCUUGCUCUGAAGGUAUUUGAGGAAAUGCUCAAAAGAGAUGGUGAGGAAAAUAGUGAGUGUUGUGUAGAUAAUUAUAGUGUGAGUAUAGUAGUGAGGGGGUUGUGUAAAGAAGGGAAGGUUGAGGAAGGUAGGAAGAUGAUUGAGGAUCGAUGGGGAAAAGGUUGCAUACCGAACAUUGUCUUUUACAACACAUUGAUCGAUGGUUAUGUAAAAAGAGACAAUCUUAAGAAGGCAAACGAGCUCUCUAAGGAGUUGAAACUCAAGGGGUUUUUGCCAACUAUUGAGACUUACGGUUCUGUGAUCAGUGGGUUUUGCAAAGCUGGGAAGUUUGAUAUGGUUGAUAGGCUUAUUGCCGAGAUGAGUUCGAGGGGUUUCCACAUAAAUGUAAAUAUCCAUAACAAUCUCAUUGAUGCUCGGCUUAAGCAUGGUUUUGAGGUUAAACCAGCAGAGACAAUUGAAAGGAUGGUAGAACGAGGAUGUGAGCCUGAUAUAGUGACAUACAAUACUUUGAUUGCUGCUUCCUGUAGGAAUGGGAAGAUUGAGGAAGCUGAAGGGCUUCUGGAGGAGGCAGUGGACAGGGGAUUAGUCCCAAAUAAAUUAACCUAUACGCCAAUAAUACACGCUUUGUGCAGGAAAGGGCAAUAUGACCGGGUUCAAGAUUUGCUUGUCGAGAUGGUGGACCGAGGACAGAGUCCCGAUUUGGUCAGUUAUGGAGCCCUAAUUCAUGGACUUGUUGCUAGCGGAGAGGUAGAUGGUGCUCUAAAGGUUAAGAGUAAGAUGAUUGAAAGGGGGUUGUUUCCUGAUGCACAGGUUUAUAAUGCUCUGAUGAGUGGACUUUGCAAGAAGAUGAGCUUCUCUAGUGCAAUGGAUCUUCUUGCAGAGAUGCUCAGCCACAAUAUUGCCCCCGACCAAUACAUUUAUGCCUCUUUGAUCGAUGGGUCCAUAAGAAAUGGAAAAUUUGAUGAAGCAAAGGACCUUUUUGAGUCCUUGAUCAUCAAAUCUGAGGGCCCUGGUGUGGUCGGGUACAAUGCCAUGAUCAAGGGUUAUUGCAAGUUUGGCAUGAUGAAGGACGCAAUUUCCUGUUUUGAUCAGAUGGUUAAGGAAAAUCUUGCUCCAGACAAGUUCACAUAUUCUACAAUUAUUGAUGGGUUUGGGAAGCAGAAUGAUGGGAAUAAUGCGCUUAGGAUGUUCCAAGAGAUGGUCAAACAAAAUUUGAAGCCAAAUGUGGUCGUUUUUACCUCUCUUAUUGACAGUCUCUGCCGUGCAGGAAACUCCGAUAGAGCUGAAAGUCUAUUUAGAGAAAUGGAAUCUUUUGGUGCAGAACCCAAUGUGGUUACCUACAGUGUUCUGAUUCGAGGUUUCUGCAAGGAGGGGAAAUUAGCAAAAUCGGCUGUAAUUUUUGAAGAAAUGCUAAGAAAGAAAUGCAGUCCAAAUGAUGUAACAUACAACUACUUAAUCAACGGAUUUUCCAACUGUGAGUUAAGCAAUGAAUCUCAGAAGGAGAAGUCUCUGUUCCUCAAAUUGUUCAGGGAAAUGGUGAGAGAUGGGUGGGCAAGGACGUCAGCUGCUUACAAUUCUAUUCUUGCCUGCCUUGGUCGACACAGAAUGGUCAGAGAUGCUCUCCAGUUGCAAGAUAAGAUGUCAAAGAAGGGUUACAAUCCCGAUCCAGUCACAUUCACUGCUUUGCUAAAUGGGAUUUGCUUGGAUCAAAGAGGGAAGGAUUGGAAGAGUAUUCUUCCUUGCAAUCUAAAUCAAGGGAAGCUGCAAAUAGCUUUGAAGUACUCAUUGAUUUUAGACGGCUUGCUCCACCAAGGACAAACUUCAGAGGCUACUUUAGUCUUACAAAACUUGGUUGAGAAUUAUGAGCUUCCCAAUCAGAAAAUCGUUGGUAUGAGAUAGACAAGAAGCAAUUCUGCAGCUGCUUUGAGGAUGUAUAUAACCACAGAAGAUGCAAUUUUCUUGUUGGUUGUUUUGUCUAACCUUUGCAAUACUGAAGUAUGAAGGCAUGUACAUCAAUAGUUAAACUUCACCAAAUUCUUGUAAAAUGCAUUAGCUCUUGAACAGACAGGGCUUCAUUUGGACCCUGCAUCAUUUGCUUUUUAGCUCGGUGACGAGAAAGAAAAUGGAGACAUUCAAUGGAAGCUCAUUAAGAUCAGAUCAUGGGUUCAGGAAGAAGCAGUUUUGGUACUAGAAGCUUUGCAUUGCAAUCUUGUAUAGUAACAUGUGCUAUUGAUAUAUAUAUUUUAAAUAAUUAUA